AUGCCGGCUCCCUCCCUCAACCUGCAAAUACCCUCCUACCUCGACGCCUACCUCCUCGAUGCAAGAGUCUACUUACCCGCAAGCUACACCGCCCCAACGACCCAACACUGGCACCGAAAGUUAGCCAUAAUCGGACAUCCAUACGCACCGUUGGGUGGGAGCUACGACGAUCACGUAGUGCUGGAGGUUGUAAAGACACUAUUGAGAGCAGGCUGGGUAGUUUCUACCUUCAAUUUUCGGUACGACUUGAAAUAA